AUGCCUACCUUCAACACAACCUACCUGUAUACCUUCAUCAUGCCUACCUUCAUGCCUAUCUUCAUACCUACCCUUUUACCUACCUUCGUGCAAACCUGCCUGUAUACCUUCAUGCCUAUCUUCAUGACAACCUUCAUACCUACCCUCAUACCUGCCUUCAUGCCAACCUUCAUGCCAACCUACCUGUAUACCUUCUUGCCUACGGUCAUGCCUACCUUCAUACCUAUCUUCAUGCCUCCAUUCAUGCCUACUUUCAUACCUACCUUCAUGCCCAACUCCAUGCCUACCUUCAUACCUAUCUUCAUACCCACCUUCAUGCCUACCUUCAUGCCUACCGUCAUACCUACAUGUAACCUCAUGCCCACCUUCAUACCUACCUUCAUGCCCACCUUCAUACCUAUCUUCACGCUUACCUUCAUACCUACCUUCAUGCCAACCUUCAUGCCAACCUAA